UCAUUUUUGCUGUUUCUCUCUCUGAAAAAGCUUCUGAUUCUCUUUCCUUUCCUCGAUUCCUUUUUAUCUGAGGCACACAUCUUUUCUAGGGUUUCACCAUUGAUCAACCAUCUCACAUCUGAAGAAGAAAUUAUAAUAGAAGAAAGAUCGGAAGAAUCUCCGUCGUCGUCGUCUUCAUUCGUGAGAAUUUUUCUACUUUUUUUUUUUGUGGUUCCGUGUUCUGUAAUUUUCCAAUUUCUUGUCUCUUCCGCAUUUGAUGAUUGCGAUUUUCCUCGGAAAAUUUCGGUUCCUCGUCGCUUAACUAGUCGUUUUCCUCCCCCCCCUAAUUUUCCACGGUCAAUUUUGAGUUGAAUUUCUCGACAUUGGGCUCGGAGAUUGCGGAUUUAAAUAGUUGAUCUUUUUUGUGUUGAAUUGGAUUCUGAGAUUCUGCAUUGGGUAACUUUGAUCUGUUGGCUGGUCUGUUGAGUUCUGUGAUUUAGAAGAUUUUUAGAACUGGCGGAGUUGUGAAGAUUGAAAUUUGAAGAGUGAAUUUUCUUGUUUUUUCCGGCUUUUGAUUUGGCAAAGCAUAUAUUUGAAUUCUGAGCCAGUAAGAUAAGGUAGAUCAUUUGGGCAUUUCUUGAAGCUGUUGGUUUGCUUAGUAAUUAUUCUAUCCGUGGUUGCUUUAUAGAUUAAAGAAUACUCACAUUCCUUAUCGAUUGGAGUUCUUAAGUUAGGGGCUAUACGAAGCUUCUAUUUCACAGGAAAUCAAGAUCGACAAUUUUGUGCUUCUUGAUUUGGAAACCAGUUGAUUUAAGCUUAAUAAUCAAGGGUUGUUGAUCUCUGAUUGGUUUAGAGGGAAUAAGAAUGGCUGCGGGUAUGGAUUUUUCGCCUCCAUAUAGAUUAAUAGAAGGCGGUUAUAAUAAGGACAAUGUACCAGCCAUGGAAGAUGAAGCUUCAGAGAAUCUGAAAAAUAUAAAACAAAUGACAAAUGGAAAACCUCCACGGCAUCUCUCUGUCAUGAGGCAUUCUGUGAGCUCUAUAAAGCUUCUGGCAACUGCUGAUUUGAGUAUGGAUGUUGGGGUAAUAGCCAAUAGUUCACCUUCCGACGAGAAAUCAGUGUUUCUACCAAUUUUCCGAUCAGGAAGCUGUGCUGAAAGAGGACCUAAACAGUACAUGGAGGAUGAACACAUAUGUAUAGACAAUCUCGUUGACCAUUUGGGAAACACUGUCACUACACAAUUCCCUUCACCUGGAGCUUUCUAUGGGGUGUUUGACGGUCAUGGAGGUACUGAUGCAGCAUCCUUUAUCAGAAAUAACAUUCUCAAGUACAUAGUGGAGGACUCCCAUUUCCCAAACUGUUUGGAGGAAGCAAUCAAGAGUGCUUUUCUGAAAGCCGAUUAUGCAUUUGCGGAUGCUAGUUCUCUUGAUAUCUCCUCUGGAACGACUGCUUUAACUGCCCUUAUUUUUGGAAGGAUAAUGAUAAUCGCUAACGCUGGGGAUUGCAGAGCCGUGAUGGGGAGGCGGGGUAGAGCAAUCGAGAUGUCAAAAGACCACAAACCUGAUUGCAAAUCUGAAAAACUGAGAAUAGAGAAACUCGGUGGUGUCAUCUAUGAUGGCUACCUCAACGGUCAAUUGUCUGUGGCCCGUGCUCUUGGAGACUGGCAUAUGAAAGGCACAAAAGGCUCUGCCUGUCCUUUGAGCGCAGAGCCAGAGUUGAAGGAGACACAUCUGACGGAGGAAGAUGAGUUUUUGAUAAUGGGGUGUGAUGGCCUAUGGGACGUGAUGAGCAGCCAGUGUGCUGUGUCUAUAGCAAGGAAAGAACUGAUGCUCCACAAUGAUCCUGAAAGGUGCUCAAGAGAGCUGGUUAGGGAGGCAUUGAAGCGCAACACAUGCGACAACUUAACCGUUAUUGUGGUAUGUUUUUCGCCCGACCCUCCACCACGGAUAGAGAUACCUCAAACUAGAGUCAGAAGGAGCAUAUCUUUGGAAGGGCUUAAUGUACUCAAGGGUGUAUUGGAGUUGUAACUUUUGACACGAGGAAUUUGUUCAAAGAGCCAUGUACAGAACACAAGGGUUCAAAUUGAUGGAGAGGUAUUCUAAUUCUUCUUUUAUUCCCAUGCCAUUACCGCUGCUGUGUCAUGUCAUGAUUGGCAUUCCUUUUCGGGAUAUAAUAUCUAUUUGCUAGGUUUUAUUUUUCAUGUUGUAUAUUUUGUACAUCUGAGAAAACCUGCGUUGUACCAAUUGAGAGUUUGAAACCAUUCAUUGUUUAAAAUUCUAGUUGAAGUUCUCUUCCAUGAAUUAUCCACCUUCUUGU